AUGGAUAUCAAACAAAUCAUGACACAGCAGCAUCUUGCUAUCAUAGCAAAUUUGCAAGAGCUCACAGCUGCUGUGGGUGCAUAUUCUACAAAAUUCGAGAGUAGUGUUUCUGUAGAUGAUCCAGUUGCUAUGGGAGAGCUUGCACAAUCCCACGUCGACAUGCUUGGGAGCGUGAAGCAGAUGCAGAGUGCAGUUUAUGGCCCGAUCAACAUGGUCACAUUACACUUUGAGGAAUUCUUCCGCUCGGCGGCGUUCAGAAGCCUCUUGGAAAUGGGAGUCGUUGAUGCCUUGCCAGUUGAUGGUAGUGGCAUGUCGGCAACUGACCUCGCCGAGAAACUAAAAGUUGAUGAAGAACUUCUCGUCCGCUUGUUGCGUAUUGUUGUGCCUACAUUUUUCACCGAGUCGAGUAUUGAGGUCUACGCUCAUACGCCAAACUCCUUGGUAUACCUAUUCCCUCCGUUGAGGGGAGGCUUCAUAAUGAUGUAUGAUGAAUAUGGUCCUUCAAGUGUCAAGCUCUCGGAAUUCUUGAAAAAGAAUGGGUAUCAGAAUCCAAAUUCGUUGACGAAUAAUCCUUACACGUAUGCCCACGACACGAAAGGCCUGAAUAUGUUCGAAUUCCUCGCCAAAGAUCCUAUCCGAUUCAAAAACUUUAAUGAUGCAAUGCAAGCCAAGAACAUGCAAAGUUCAUGGCCAUACAAUUUGUUUCCAUUCAAGGAGGAGCUCAGCAAAGUCGAAACCACAGAUGAAACUGUAUUACUGAUCGAUAUCGGCGGUGGAAAUGGACAAGCUGUAACUGCUAUUCGAGAGCUAUGUCACAGCAUCAAAGGCAGGAUGAUUCUGCAAGACCAGGCCCAAGUGAUUGAAGAAAUCACUGAUCCGCUACCUAACGUGGAGAAAAUGCCACACGAUUUCUUCGCAACACAGCCAGUCCAAGGUGCUCUGAUCUACUACAUCCGCCGAUGCUUGCAUGACUGGCCCGAAAACGAAUGCGUGGCCAUCCUCAAGAACAUCGCCGCCGCCAUGAAGCCGAGAACCUCGAGACUUCUCAUAUCCGAGAUCGUCAUGCCGCAAGGUGAGAUAGACAAUGAGACGUCGUGGUACGACAUUUGUAUGUUGAUGUUCAGCGGUAUGGAGCGAUCGGAAAAGCAAUGGAAGGCUUUGCUUCACAAGUCUGGCCUCACACUGUUGCAAAUACAUGGCGCUAUCGGAGGCAGUAACCACCGCGUGCUUGAAGCCGUUCUCAAGCAAUCGACAUGCAUCAUCUGAUGAUUCCAUUUACUCGGAGUUCGACUUGGAGGAAUCGGGAACUGUAAGAGAAGCAAACUAUCGCUGCGCCAACUCAGAUCAGGG